ACGUGCUCAACAAACGUCAAAUAUCAAAUUGAUAACAAAUCUCACUAGUCGGUCUCGUUGCUAAGUUAGUUCAGUUAAAUUACCGAAUUUAGGGAAGCAAAAGUCUAUCUACGUAAAAAUGGAUGAUGGAAUAUGUCAUAUAAAGGCAGAGUACCUCAUUCCUCGUGUCGUCGUUGAGAAGCCGGUGGAAUCGGCAGAAAACCCCACUAAUGGUGGAAACGAAAUCCUAGCUGCCGAAGCAAAGGAGAAUGAAACCAGUGAACCUCCGGAAAAAAGGGGCCGUUUCGAUGAGCAUCCAGACGGGCGGAAACGACACGACAAAAAGAAAAAGAACCGUGGGCAGAACAAAGCGCGCCAACUACCUUUCAAGCAGGACGAUGCACUGAGACUUUGCAAAUCGCUGCUGGAUGGCAACAUACCCGAAGGCGAGGGGAAAAAGUGCCAAAACGCAAACUGUCGGUUUUCGCACGACGUGGAUAAGUUCCUCCAGCUGAAGCCAAAGGACAUCGACGGCAAGUGCUACAUCUACUCGACUAAAGGGUACUGUAACUUUGGCGUUACGUGCCGCUUCGCCGGGGGACACCUGGACGAAAACAAUCGUAAUGUAUAUCCACCCGACUAUAAGGCGGACAAUUCGAUGCUCGUUUCGACGUGGCUUAGCACAGAUCUACAACAUAUUUUGCGCAAGAAGAAAUAUGAUUUCUCCAAAUCCACCAAGAUUGUCAAAAAAUUUGAGAAGCUACAGCAGGACGAAAAACCCGAUAAGUCGAAAUCUGACGAACAAGCAGCAAAUGGGGACGAAGAGAAUGCGGAAGAACCGAAGGAGGAAAGCAAACCAACGGGACCUGUAACCGACGAAGAUCUCAUUAAGCUUCGUAGUGCGGAACGGAAGCACAUUGAUUUUCGAGACAAGCUCUAUCUAAGCCCACUUACAACCGUGGGAAAUCUACCUUUUAGGAGGAUCUGCAAGGAGUAUGGCGUCGAUAUAACGUGUGGUGAGAUGGCCUGUGCCAUCCCUAUCAUAAACGGUGCGACGCAAGAGUGGGCCCUCACCAAACGACACGCAAGUGAAGACCUCUUCGGAGUGCAACUGUGCGGCCACAAGCCCCAGCUGGUAACGUACGCGGCCCAGAUCAUCGCUGAAAAAGCCGACAUCGAUUUUAUCGAUCUUAACAUCGGUUGUCCGAUCGAUUUGAUCUUCAACCAGGGUGGAGGCAGUGCUCUACUGCGCCGCCAGAACGUACUCCAAGUGAUGGUGCAGAGCUGCUCGAGGGUUCUCGCGGACUACGGGAAGGAGUUCACCGUUAAAACGCGCAUGGGCAUCUACAACAACAAGCUCAUCGCACACGAGAUCGUACCGAAGUUUGAAGAAUGGGGUGCCAGUUUAAUAACGAUACAUGGCCGCACGAAGGAACAGCGUUACACCAAGCGGGCCGACUGGGAAUACCUCCAACGAUGUGCCGCGCAGGCCACCUCCGUGCCGGUCUACGGCAAUGGUGACAUUUUCUGCUACAACGAUUACGAGCACAUCCGCGAGAAGUGUCCCAACAUUUCGGGCGUCAUGGUGGGACGUGGGGCGCUCAUCAAACCGUGGCUCUUCCGCGAGAUCAAGGAACGGAAGAACCUCGACCCGUCCAGCAGCGAGCGGUUUGACAUGUUGAAACGCUACGUAAACUACGGCCUGGAGCACUGGGGAAGCGAUACGAAGGGAGUGGAAAACACGCGUCGUUUCCUGCUCGAAUGGCAGUCGUUCCUUUACCGGUACGUGCCGUACGGUCUACUCGAGCGGCCACCGCAGCGUAUCAAUGAACGUCCGGAAGGGUACCGUGGUCGGGACGACCUGGAGACUCUGAUGGCAUCACCUAACUGCAAUGAUUGGGUUAAGCUAAGUGAAAUGCUGCUUGGUCCCGUACCGGAUGGGUUCAAUUUCGUCCCAAAACAUAAAGCUAAUGCCUACUAAAGACGGACCGACGGUGUAGAAAAGGUAAGCAGACUUUCUCAAACCUUAAAAAGUUUCCAACACACCGUGAAACCAAACAUGUUGUUUAUGUAAAUAAAUUAAUGACAAAAUGUUGACUAACUAGAA